AUUAUUCCUUUGCCACCCCAACCCGGCCCAUUACACCACCAUUUCACGGCGUCUGGCCUGGGCGGUUGAAAGCGUAUCCGCCCUGGUCGACGAUCAACGUCUCAAAUGACGUGUGAAAACUAGAUUUAUUCGAUAAAUAAAAGCUUACCUUUUCACCAUCUGCAUUGUUUAAUUUCCCUUUGAAUUCUCUCUCUCCAAUUUGAAAUUUGGUUUGGAGAACAAAGUUGAGAUGGGAGAGCCAUGGGAUCAAGAGAGGCCUCUUUAUGAGUUGGAAACGGAGGAGCUGAAGUGUUUAGAGCACGUGCCGCCGUUCUGGAAGACUCCCAAGUCAAAAAGGAGAUUGUCCAAGCAGCUGUCUCUGUGUAUUGCCCCGCGAAAUGUUGCAUGGGAGAAGCGCCGCCAACAGUUUCUCCGGCAAGAGCAGAGGAGAAAUGGCAUUCAUGAAACCGAUGAUUUGACGGAUGAGGAUCUCAAUGAGUUAAAAGGAUGCAUAGAGCUCGGGUUUGGGUUCAAUGAAGAAGAUGGACAAAGGCUAUGCGACACGAUCCCUGCCCUAGACCUUUAUUUUGCGGUGAACCGCCAAUUCUUGAUGAGUCCCAUCCCGAGCCCCGCCAGCAGCCGCUCAGAGCCAUCACUCAGAGGCCCUCCAUCGCCCUCUUCCGUGUUGGUUGGAGGCCGGUCCUCCUCUACUAGCCCGAGGAGCGAUUCUGAUUGGAAGAUUUGCAGUCCGGGUGAUGAUCCUCGACUGGUGAAGCGAAAGUUGAAGCAUUGGGCACAAGCAGUGGCCUGUUCUGUUAAGCAAUUCUCAUGAGCAAAUAUCAAAUUAAUUUGUACAGAGAUCAGACUGAAAUUACAUUGUUACUUAUAUUGGAUGUCACUCCAGAAUGUCGGCUUAAUUCGCAGGUAAAGCCAAGCAUGGUGGAGUAGCGAAACUAAAAGCCAAUUCAGAAGGUAGACGGGAUAAUUGUGAAUCUAGUCGUGUCAAUACGGGCAAUGCAUAGUAGUUAUGUUCGAAAAUUAUCGAACUAUGCCUGUAAGCAAAGUUUUGAUGUUAUUAGAUGGCGACCUUUAUCCAAGAGUAGCCCAAAAAGGUUGUGGAUUAUUUACUAUAGAAUAUAAAUUGUACAAAUAUUUACAAGUUGUUAAGACAUUCCUUUUGGAAACUAUAAUAAGUUUAUUGAGUAGUGAUGGUGAA